GAAAACUCAGAUAUAAAUAUGAUGGGCAAUAUAAAUUUAUUUUCUAUAGUAAUUGAAUUUGUAAUUUUUUUCUUUUUGUUGUUCAUAUACUUGUCUAUCGCAAUUAUCGACGACGAUCGUAACUGAAGCCGCGAUUGCAGCGUUUCAAAGUGAUUUUCUUUCAACAAUUUACUCGGAAAAUCGUAUUCAUCAUCACUACGGCAUUGGGUGAGAUCGCAAUCGCCGAGAAAUUUGAUCUGAAAAAGCAGAAUAUAGGGUUUCCGAACUGCCAACACCACUCUGCAAGUGACUCCAAAAUGGAAAAAACCACACGUUCUUUGAAGGAUCCUAGGUACAAGACAAAGGCAAGAAAUAACAAGAAAGCGUUGCCAGACGAGGAGGACAAUUUAUCAGAGAGUGACAAUAGUUCUGAAGUGAAACCUGCUAAGAAACCAAUUCUGAUUGACCAAAGGAUAAAAGAAAACUGCGGAUCACAAUACAGAUCCAACCUAAGAGCCUUCAUGAUGCUGGUGAAAGAAAUAAAAUUCAGGAGCGAACAUCUCGAUGUACUUCGGAAGACCCCAUUCUGGUUGCUAUUCAAUGCUUUUAUAACAAAUACAACAGCCACAACCAGGAUCAGAAAGUUUGGCGAUGGUAUCGCUACCAUUAUUCGAUCAUAUUCAGCAAACACCAAGGGAUUCAAAUUGGGGCCAAAAAUAGUGUCAUUGAGAGAUAGUGACAUAUGUUUGAUAUUUGGUAUAAAUUCGGGAAGCACAAAAUUGAACCUGUCAUAUGCGAAGAAACCAAAUACACCAUUCAUAGAAAGAAGGUUCAAGGAGACAAACAGGUUGUCAAAGCCCUUGUUAGAAGAAGCAUUGAAGAAAACUGUUAAUGGAAAGAAGCAACACGAUGUUGAAGAUGUUGCUAGAAUUAUGUGCUUGUACAUCUGCACAACACUAUUAUUUGCAACAUCUGGACAUACAAUAGGUUGGGUUUUCGUGAAAUAUAUAGAAGAUUUGGAAAACAUGAAGAGUUAUGCAUGGUCAAGUGCAAUAAGAAGUUCUCUGAUUUCUUCCAUUGAAACAACAUAUUCAUCACCAGAGAAGGCUACAGGAUGCGUAAUAGCCCUAUUGUAUUGGAUUUGCGAACACACAACAUUAGUGCAACCUGAAGAUGAGAAUGUGUUUCCAAGGUUUCUUAAAUGGGACCUCACAAAAUUAAACACGAAGAUGAGGGGAAGAUCUUUAAAGAUAUUGAAGUCUAAAGAGGUAUUGGGUGCAGAGCUUGUCCCCAGUAAAAAAGAACAAAAACUCCUCUCCGGAGAGGCAGAGCAGAAAAGAAUUUCAGGAAAAAAACAACUAGAGAAAAUUGAACGGGGAGUUUGUAGUGAAAUUUCACUAUUUUCAGAAGACAGUGAAAAAAAUGGUGCAGAAUUGGAUGAUCAUCUUGGUUCCCUUGGUACAUUGUGUGACGUAGCAGUCCAAAAUUUGACAGAAAAUAAGGUGCCUUUGGAAAAUGAGGAUUUGGUGAAACAAAACGAGGCACAGUAUAUGAUUAAGCAGCUUGCAGAAGAAAAUGUGGAGUUGAAAGAUCAAAACAAGAGCAUGGUUGCAACCAUUGUGAUGCUGAAGAAUCAACUAAACAAGCUUGAACAAGACAGAGCAACGCGGACGAAAGAGCUUCUGUGUACAAUCAAGGAAAAUGAACAAAAAAUGUUGGAAAUGAGAACGACAAUGGACGUACUGCUAUCUGAGAUGAAUCAACUGCAAACAGAGAGGGAUUUACUUGAUGAACAAGUGGAGGAGCCGACAAUGCAGAAAAUAAUUCAAAAGAAUGAGGAUCAAGAACACUGCCAUGAAACUGCGGGUGAGCCUUUAAAAGAUAUUGCAGUUUACGAGGGGCUAUGGCAAGAAACAGCACGCUUGAGAGUCAAGCCUUUGCAGACAUCCGAGAAAAAGGACAAAAAAACAGAAGGUGGAAAGAAAAGAAAGGUGGAGAUUGCUCAACAAGAUGUCAGCAACAUGAACCAAUUGGUAAGGAAUGAUGUCGAGAACAUGCCUGAACUUAAGAAGAGAAAGACAGAAAUAAUUGAUGUUCCCAUACAAAUAUGUAGCGGCGAAUUAUUUGGAUGAUGACAAUAUGUUGAAGAUCGUCUUCAAAACAGAAAAGACCAAGUAAGUUAAUCUAAUCUAUACUAUCUAUAAUGGCAGCACAGGCUUUGGUGUUUGAAACCAGCCAGAUUUUGUAUUUCAUAAACUGACCUGAAGUUUUUUAAUAACACUUUAGUUUAAUUGUCCUGUA